AUGCAAAAAAUUGGAAUCGUGACGGUACUGAACACGACUGCAGACCGAUCCAGGUACCGAACAGCAAUGGAAACAAUGGAAUGCUAUGCACUUAUGCACAACUUACACAUAUUUGGUAUUGAGUGCAGCAGAUUACAAAAGAGAAUCAUGUUCCAACGACACUGUAUUGUGGCUACAAUUCUUGAGUCCUUCGAAUGGGUUCUCUUCGUUGAUGCCGAUAUUGGAGUGGUCAACGAAAACGGUGUUCUAAUUUUUGAAAGUAGUCUUCAACCAAUGGCUGCUUCCUUACGUUGGAGAAAUUCUCUUGAGCCAGACAAGGACAUCAUAUUUUACAUCAGGAUUUUCAUUCAUGAAGUCAUGGCUGGUAGCUACCUUACAAGCACAGCUUUUGCACUUUCAUCCUUGGAGACCUCCAUAAAUAAUCAUCACAUUAAAGGAUCAUAUCUGGUUAAGCGGAGCGCAUUUUCGAAGAGGUUUCUGCGUGGAUGGGCAGAUUAUGAGUCUUUGCUUCCGAGAUCCUUCCAUGGAAGAGAUAAUGGAGCUAUUCAC